ACCACUUCUUCCUUCUGCUCUAUUUUUUUCAAAUAUCAUGGCCACACGAUAUCCCGAAAACAUGUUGGUGCCGACACCUUCUCCCCUCUUUUUUCCGUCUGCAUCGCCCACACCAAAAAUGCAGGCAUCUCCGUCCAAACGACAGCCGACACCGGUGGAUUGGGCUAGAGAAGAGUUUUUUGCAACUGUAUUCGACCAUAUAGUUCCUCAAUUACGCAUGAACAACAAGACUCCUCCCAAUAAACUACUGGAGCAACAUCGUAACAUUAGAGCUCUUGUUGAGUCUGUGCGAGUCGAAACUUUAUGGCGAUCACCUAGCCCGGCUAUUCCGCGUCCCAUUCCGAGCGAAGCUAUGAUUCAUGUUGCUCCUGUCAUUCGUCGACGAACUCCAGUAAAUGAACUCUACGCUACUCCUGAACCUUCCAUUCAAUCGUGGUCGAAAUCUGAUGUGUCGUCCAAAGGGAGCAGUACAAAGCUUAGCAACCUUUUUAACAAGAUAUCUCCCCUUUUUUCAUGUAUAUGUGUUCUCCACUUCUUCCCACACUGUCCUUCAUAACCCUUUGUAUCCAAAUGCCAUUUAGUUUCCAUGUAUUUACCCUUCGAUAUCACAACCAGAUCUUCAUCCAUGUAGUAUUUUUCUUUGUUCCACUUUCCUAACCUAACCUCGCCCAUUCAAUAUUAUCCAUAUGUCACUAUCGUUUCCAACGGUUAUAAAACCCCAAUUUACUCUAUCUAAAUGGGAUCAAUUGU